AUGUUACAGGUUGAUGACGAGAUCUGCAUGCCUUUGACCAUGGAGGAUGUUGGCGCUAUGACGACUGAUGCCGAAAAGGCAACCGAAGAGCAACAGCUUGAUCAGAGUGACAUUGAGCAGGCCUUGGAACAGCACGAAGGGUCAAAAUCACAAAGAACGAAGCCGCAAAAAUUGAAGACAUCCGAAAGGAGGCGUAUUCAGAAUCGCGCAGCACAAAAGACUUAUCGAGAAAAGCAAAAGAGGAGACUGCAGGCUCUAGAAUUAUAUGCUAAAUCUUCUACGACUAUUUCUCAGGAUGAAGUACCCUUCUCCACCCCAACGUCCACUACUGGUGAAGAUGUAGCUGGAAUGCUUGGCAUAGAUUCGCCAAUCAUGGGGCUACCAGGUUUAUUGCAACAUCAUAGUCUGUCAAUCCCUGACAUUGGCAUAAAUGAUCUUGUAAGCUGCGAUCCAAAUCUCAAUACAUCUCUUUCAAGUCGUCUAGCCAGUGAAUCCGUCCCUAUAUACGACGAAUAUGUACCGAGCAGUAAUUUCCAAGUGGAUAACGGUCGAAACUCCAGCAAAUCAUUUCAAGAGGAAUUGUUCUCGGCAUCUGAAAAUAGACCCGCAUCUAUUCUCGGCUCAAAUGUCAUCACUCCAGAGAGCAGUCUUAGUUCAUCUCAUGCGCAGCAAAGCUAUGGGCAAGCACGCGGUGACAGCGCGCCAAACGGCGACUCACAUGACGGCAGCGAAGCGGAUAGUUUACUUGCGCAGUUUCUCUUGCAAGACGAUGUUACUCUAAGUAUAGGUCUGCUUAGGGAUAUCCGGAAACACAAGAUUACUCUAAGAGACGUGCUCAGGCUAGGCCUUCAAUCGCUGGAGGGCAAGUCAUCCAGCACAGCGGGGAGUGCGAGAGUGACUGAGAACUCAUUACAGCAGCAUGCAUAUUUGCAGCUCCCUGACCUCCACACUAACACAAUUCGCCUCACGCAAAUGUCAUUUGUAGCAGCUGUUUUACACAAUGCUUCCAUGCUGGGGAUAACGACAUCCGAGAUUUUAUCACACGAUACCGAGUCUUAUUUUUGCAUCAAUAGAGGCGCACCAGACGCAUCAAAGCAUGCCACUCAAGAGCCCACGCUCGACCACAUUAAAGAACAUUUGAAGCCCACUCAGAACCAACUCACACAUCGCCAUCACCCGUAUAUAGACACUCUCCCAUUUCGAGCAUUUCGCGACAGAUUAAUAGCAGUGAUUCACGCUCAGCCUCCUAUAAUCAAUAUGCCAGAGCUCUGUCACGAUUUGCAGAGUGACGGGGUUAUAUGCUGGGGGUCCAAUGCUGGGGCUGGCACUGGACACUCUGGAGCUCCGUGGGACAUUCGAAGCUGGGAGGUGCGGCCAUGGUUUUUGAAGAAGUGGUGGAUGUUGACGGAGGGCGCUGAUGGAGAGAUGUAUCAGCAAGCAAAGUGGUGGUGCGAGAUGAGAGGCGAGGAUAUGCCAGCUGUUUGGUGA